UUGUUUAUGUUGACAUUUUUAUUUUUACGUAACGUAAACAAAUAAAUUAGAUAAAAUUGAAGAAAUAUGGAGAAAAGUGUAGUGAAAACUCUUGUAGACGGAUUAAAAUCUACAUCCUCUAGCCGUAUACAAGAUUCUUUGUGGAAAAUUAAAACUUCAGUUAUAUCUACUUCGAAGGGUACGGAACAUUUUUUUGAUUGCGGUGGUUUAGAACUUUUACUACCCCAUCUGCGAAAGACUAAUGAGAAAAUCCUCGAUAUGACACUAAGCAUUCUUGGAAAUCUUUGCUUAGAUGAGAAAUGUUGUCUAGCAGUUGGCAAUCUAAAUAAUUUUGCACAAUUGGUGGAUAUAUUAAAUACUGUUUGUAAGGAUAGUAUUCUUGGAAGAACAUGCAAACUUAUUGGUAAUUUGGCACUAAAACAGUUAAAUGCAGAAGGAUUACACAGUCAUGGUGUUGUUAAGUCCUUGGUUACAGUCAUUGAAAGCAGGGAUAAAAAUACUUCAAAUCCGACACUAACUAUGGCAGUCAGGGCCAUAAGACAACUAUGGAUGAUCACUAAUAAAAGAGAUGAAAUGCUUGGGUUCAAUGUUGUUCAUUGUGUGACAUUAUUAUUGAUUAGUUUAUGUGAAUCAAUUGGCUUAAUAACGUCAUUAUGUAAAAGUAUACCAGAAGGUGGUCCUACAAGAAGCCAAGAGGAGCUUAUAAGUGGUAUUCUCAAAUGUUUAGGAUACUUUACAACAUACUCCAUCCCUGAAUGUGCUCAACAGCUUCAAGGUGAUGGAAGAGGCUUCCAGUGUCUCGUAGCACUAACCAAAACAAAUGAGACUUUAGCUCUUAAAUGCCUGAUGAACCUCUGUUAUCAGCCCACUUGUCGCCCCCUCCUUGGAACAGCAGGGCUUGUUGAGUGCUUGGUUGCACUAUUGAAACAAUUGGAUGUUUCAAGAUGGCCGGAUGGUGCCGCCAGAGCAUUAGCCCAUCUGAGUAGUGAAUCUGUGAACCGUUCACGCCUGAAGCAUUGCGGUGGACUGCCGUUACUCGUGGCCGCAGCUCGAGUUAACGAUUAUGCUCUGCAUUCGCUUCUACAAUACGUGUUUGAUGAUACAUCAUUUCAGAUAUUAAUUGGCGAAGGUCUGAUAACUUUGCUUACUGAAAAACUUACAAUUUAUACAUCUACAAUGGAAAAUUGUCAUACAGUUAUUCAUACUGAUGAUGAAACUAAAGAAAACUCGUCAGGACAUGAAUGUAUUCCUAGAAAUAAAGAAAAAGAUGAAGGAGAUUCUAAAAUAAACAAUAUUGAAGCUGGGGAUGUCUCUAAAGUUGUAAUUGAACGGGAUAGCAUUAUAAUUGGUUUUGGAGAUGCAUUGAGCAGCGAUAAGUCAGAUGAAAGCGAUAAUGAUAGCAUUAUUUCAAGACCUCAAGGUGUGAAAAGAGGUCGAUCCAGCCCGAUAAAUUUUAAAAAGAAACCAAAAAUAAUUAAAAUAGCUAAAAACGAAUGGUCGGCAGGCGUGUAUUGGGAACUAAGACGUGCAAAAUCGUCGCCUUCACAAAGCCCAAGAAUAAUAAGUCCUGAUCGAAAUGAUGUGGGGCAGUUAUCACCAUAUUCUGACGGAAACUGGUCCGCUUGCAGUCCAGAGUACAGGUAUCCAAAAGGGCCGCGAUGGGAUUGGAGCCCAGAAUCUGAAAUAAGUGCUGAUUCUGGCUCAACUUCCCCAUACCAAGUAGAUAAUGCGUGGAGUCCAAGCAGUUCUAAUCCAGCUUCACCACUCAGUACUGAAGACAAUAGUUCAGACUCCGACAUAUCGGGUCGGUAUUCCCCCGUGUGUAGUGAAGCUGACAGUGACACAGAGGAAACUUCACAUUCAGCUUCAAAUGUCACUCCCGGCCUGAACGCCAAUCAAGUUGCAAAUGACUUAGAAGAGUUAAUAAUGGAAGAUGAAAGUGACGAUGAAGAAAUACCUACAGAAGAUAAUAAACAGAUAGUGGUAACAGAAUCGACUUCCCUAAUCUCUAGUUAA